GACCUGAAAAACCAACCGACGUGCCCACUCCAACUGAGAUUUCUUCAAAUCCUUUUUUUUUUUUAGGUGACUAUGAUGUUGGAUUAUAUUAAACUAUAACUAGCCAUUGACACAUAUAUAAGUUGACCGCAUUGCUCACUUGUUUUUUUUGUUGUUGGUGAGUUUGGGAGUGAUAUAUAUGUGUGUGUGAAUGUGAGUGUGUGCAACCUAUGUGACGGAAUCCCCGUCCAGUCUUUAAGGAGCGGAGAGAGAGAUGGGGGGAGGUGCGUGGACCUGUCCUCUCUCACUGCGGAACCCCGCGCGUUGAGCUGCCUGCCUGGAGAUUCCAACCUUCUUUUUGGAUUCAAAUUAUUUUUUAAACCCAACGAUAGUUAACGAAUUUUAAUUGUUUUAUUUUUAUUUUCUGUCAAACUGUCUGGUGUGGUAAUCGGGAAGACUUACCGUGAGGAAUUGACCGUUUAUCCGGGGAAGAAAAACAGGUGGAUUAAGCGUUAUUUUGGGGGGGCUUGAUAUCAACGGAUGUGUUUGUGGAUAUGAGACGUUGUGGCUCCCUGGGCGCUCAGAUGGAGUAGAAGGUUGCGAUGUCCUCUCCAACUCGGCUUCUGGAGCGAUGUGGCACAGAAAUGAGACCAAGUUUGAACACUUUACUUGUUGGUUUGCUGACGCCGUGAGCACCGGAGCUUCGCGUGGGGGCGGGCGGCUGCGGGGCCGUGUAUCUAUCGUUAAAGAUGACUGGGAGACCAAAGGGACAUGCAGCCAGACCUCAGCCACACCAACUCUACCGCCACAGCUCCGCAUGGUGACACUGAAGGGUUCCAGUAUGGGCCGUUUGGGCUGGGUCCUCCUCACCCUCCCAGCCCUGCUUUCCCAGAUCAGUGUACCAGCAGCGGCCCAGAAGCCACCUGGGCUAAGUGUGGGGGUGAUCUUGGGUCAGACGCGGCCAAUCAGUGACCAGGAUAUAAUCCCGGUGAGGCGGAACGACGACCCUGUGGAGCUGACUGUCACCAUCCUGAGAAUCAACCAGACAGACCCCAAGACUGUCAUCACACAGGUGUGUGAGCUGCUCCAGAAGAAGCCUCUCCAUGGUCUUGUCUUCGCUGACGGGUCGGACCAGGAAGCUAUCUCUCAGAUCCUGGACUUCCUGUCCUCUCAAACAUCACUUCCUGUCCUGGGGGUGUACGGGGGAUCCUCCAUGAUCAUGGCAGAUAAGGAUGUGAAGUCUACGUUCUUCCAGUUUGGAGCGUCUCUGAUGCAGGAGGCUUUACUGAUGAUGAACAUUAUGGAGGAAUAUGACUGGCACAUCUUUUCUAUAGUCACCUCUAAGUUCCCCGGGUACCAGGAGUUUAUAAAUGUCCUGCGUGUGACGGUGGAUCACAGCUUUGUGCGUUGGGACCUUCAGAGUGUUGUAACGCUGGACGCUGUGGACGGAGACGCCAACUCUAAAGCUCAUAUUCAGCUGAAGAGGAUCCAGAGUCCUGUAAUACUGUUAUACUGCUCCAAGGAAGAGGCUAGGUAUAUACUGGAAGAGGCCAGGUCUCUGGGUCUGACUGGGUCGGGCUACAUCUGGAUCGUACCAAGUCUGACCACAGGGAACCCCGACUUCACCCCAGACAUCUAUCCCCUGGGGAUGAUCUCUGUGUCCUACAACGAGAUGGAGUAUCCCCUGGAGAGCCGCCUUAGAGACGGAGUGGGCAUCAUCGCCACGGCAGCCAUCGCCAUGCUGAGGGAGAAAGGGGAGGUGCCAGAACCCCAAGGGAACUGCUACAGCCAAUCAGAGAAGGGCAAGACUCCGCCCAGCGCCCUGAGAGGGAACAUGAUGCACGUGACCUACGAGGAACGUGACCUGUCCUUCACCGUAGACGGUUACCAAGCCAACCCCAAACUGUCCGUCAUUGUCCUUCAUCCAAAUAGGACAUGGGAGAAGAUGGGUCGUUGGGAGAAUGGGACCCUUUCUCUGAUGUUCCCGGUAUGGCCCAGGUAUAACUCGUGGGGAGACGAGGAGGCUGAUGAGAACCACCUGUCUAUCGUGACUCUGGAGGAGAAACCCUUCGUCGUCGUUGACAACGUAGACAUCCUGACUGGAACCUGCAUGAGGAACUCUGUUCCCUGUAGGAAACAUGUUAAAGAUAACUCAACAAAAGACGGAGGUUCCUAUAUAAAGCAGUGUUGUAAAGGGUUCUGUAUUGACAUCCUAAAGAAGAUCGCCCGGAACGUCAAGUUCACCUUCGACCUCUACCUGGUGACCAACGGAAAACACGGCAAGAAGAUCAACAACGUCUGGAACGGCAUGGUGGGAGAGGUGAUUGAAAAGAAGGCAGCGAUGGCAGUGGGGUCGUUGACCAUCAAUGAGGAAAGGUCAGAGGUCAUAGACUUCUCUGUCCCCUUUGUGGAGACGGGCAUCAGCGUCAUGGUCGCCCGGAGCAACGGCACCGUCUCCCCCUCCGCCUUCCUCGAGCCCUUCAGUGCGUCUGUGUGGGUGAUGAUGUUUGUGAUGCUACUCCUGGUCACGGCCAUCUCUGUCUUCCUGUUUGAGUUUGUCAGUCCACUGGGAUUCAACCGCAACUUGGCCCAGGGCAAAGACCCGCACGGUCCGUCGUUCACUGUUGGUAAGGCAGUGUGGCUGCUGUGGGGUCUAGUGUUCAACAACUCUGUUCCGGUUCAGAACCCUAAAGGCACCACCAGUAAGUUCAUAGUGUCGGUGUGGGCCUUCUUCGCUGUCAUCUUCCUGGCCUCUUACACAGCCAACCUGGCUGCCUUCAUGAUCCAGGAGGAGUUUGUAGACCAGGUCACGGGACUGUCUGACAACAAGUUCCAGAACCCGUAUGCAUACUCCCCUCCGUUCCGUUUUGGGACGGUUCCUAAUGGUUCAACAGAGAGGAACAUCAGGAAGAAUUACCCCGACAUGCACGAGUACCUGGUGAAGUAUCACCAGGGAGGAGUACAGGAUGCACUGGUCAGCCUCAAAGCAGGUAAACUGGAUGCCUUCAUCUAUGAUGCUGCUGUGUUGAACUACGCGGCUGGCAGAGACGAUGGCUGUAAGCUGGUCACCAUUGGCAGCGGGUACAUCUUUGCCACCACCGGCUAUGGCAUCGCUCUGCAGAAAGGGUCGCACUGGAAACGACAGGUGGACUUGGCUAUACUGGCCAUCAUAGGAGAUGGUGAGAUGGAGGAGUUGGAGGCUAUCUGGCUAACGGGGAUCUGUCACAAUGAGAAGAACGAGGUGAUGUCCAGUCAGCUGGAUAUAGACAACAUGGCCGGAGUGUUUUACAUGCUGGCUACCGCCAUGGGCCUGUCUCUAAUUACCUUCAUAUCAGAACACCUCUUCUACUGGCGGCUGAGAUACUGUUUCACUGGAGUCUGUAACGGACGACCUGGUCUACUCUUCACCAUCAGUAGGGGUAUCUGGUCUUGUGUCCACGGGGUCCAUAUAGAGUUAAAGAAGAAGCCUCCAGAGUUAGACUUCUCUCCUCAGGCCAACAUGUUACACCUUCUGAAGUCAGCUAAGAAAAUCAGCCUGUCUUCUUCUCCUAAACGCUCCCCGGCCCUGCUGCAGCCCGGUAUCAUCAACAUGAUGAAAGGUAACUCUGUCGUCAGUCUGUCUCCUAAAGGCCAGGGUGGUCUCUAUAGCAACACUUCCACUCUACAGGGCUUCCUGGGUCGGCACAAAGACCUGCUGAAUAACUCCUCCCCAGGCCCGUACCCAGGGAAACCCAAACACCACCCCCUCAACCUCAACGAUGCUAACCCCAACAACAUAGAGGUCAGCGUUACCGCCGACAAUGGAAAACCCCGCCCCCCCGGCCUGGCCGGCCCAGCUUCCAAACCCCGUGCCCUAUGGAAGAAGAGCGUGGAGACGCUGAAACAAGGACCAAUCCCGUUGUCCGGUCCCGCUGGUGGUCCCGCCCCCGGAUCUGCUGGCUCCGCCCCUGUCCCGGGCCCUGCAACAAUGAAGAGCCAGCGUUACCUCCCAGAAGACCCGCCCCAUUCUGACAUCUCUGAGUGUUCCAGCCGGCCACCCUCCUACAUGGAGUCAGAUCUGGGGGGGCCCAGGAUGGGGAUGGGGGGGUUCAAACCCCCAAAAGACGGACUGAAGAAACGCCCGGUGGGGGGGAUGGGAGGAAUAGGGGGGGGAGGCGGCAGUGGGAGGAGUCACGAGAAGAUCUAUUCCAUAGACUCAGACCAGUCCAGUCUACACUCCGCCCCACUCUACCAGAGAGACAGCCUCCAGGAACCCCCCGACCUCACACACACGCACUCCGACCUCAGACACUCUCACUCGGAGCACUCCAACACACACUCUGUGGACGCUUCCAUCCUGCAGCUGAGCGCCACUCUGCUGCACCACAGCCACUCUGCGGAUGCUGACCUCCACUCUCUGAAGGACAAGAAGUACAGCACCUACAAACACACCAGCACUGGAGCUGCCUCCUCCAGCAAAGACAAGAACAAUGGUUCCUACGAUGCCUCAGGGGGCCAGAGACAGACCCACUGCCGGUCCUGUCUGGGGAAGUUAUCAGGUUACUCUGGUCUGUACACAGUCCGCUCCCCUCAGAACCGCUGUGAUGCCUGCGUCCACCUGGGAAACCUCUACGACAUCAGUGAAGACCAGCUACAGCACCAGACCUAUUCACAGGCACACUCCCCACACGCACACUCUCCACACGCACACUCCCCACACGCACACUCCCCACACGCACACACACACACCCAGCACACACACCCUCACUCUGGCGGAGACAUGUUCACCCACUACCUGCCUCAGAGCGAGCUGGGUCUGGUGGGGGAGGGUGAUGGGUUGGUGAGUCACUACCUCCCCCCUGCCGGAACCUCCCCCCCAGGAUCUCACCUCUCCACCCAGCUCAGCCGACAGCCCUCCUAUGAGAACGUCCCUGAGAAGCAGCAGCAGCAGCAGCAUCGGGGGGGCAGCAGGGAGUCAGAGCGGCAGCAGCAGAGUCAGUUCAGAGGGUUCAGUCUGCCAGACAGGGACAACAGCAGAGAUAACAGCAGCUUUGGUCUCCUGGAGGAUAGUCCCUAUGCUAACGUCCUCACCAUGCGCUCUGACCGACCGUACUCCUCCUCCCCCCUCAACCACUCUCUGGAUCCCGUCCUGCCCUACCCCCUGCCCCUCCCCCGCCGCUCCAAGUCCCUGUACCCCGACCGGCCCUCCCAUAACCCCUUCCUGCAGGGCGGAGGGGGGACGGGGCAGCGAGGUGGAGGAGAGAACAGCCUGGCCGCAGCACAGCGCCUGGCACACGGCCGCUCUGCCACCGACCUCUACAAACAACUAGUCCCCCUGGCGAUGACGCUCGGCAACCACCACGGGCAUCCCCAUGGUAACCACCAGGAGUUCUUCUACCCCAUGGCCUCAGAGACGGCCGUGAUGUCGUACGUGAUGGCUCCGCCCACCGUGGCGGCCCAGCAGCCAAUCAGCUACGUGACGGCUCCCCGGGCCUCCAGCGCCGGUGGAAACAGGCCACGCCUCUACCGACGCAUGCCCAGCAUCGAGUCCGACGUCUGAGACACACACACACAUGGGAGAGAGAAGUGUGCUGGUGUUAGGGACAAAUCUGACUUAACACACACACACACACACACACACACACACACACACACACACACACACACACACACACACACACACAC